AUGCAGAAGCCGCGCCGAGUGUCGACGACGACGCAUCCGCAGGUGGUGGCGGUACCGCGUCCUCCGAUGUCGGGGUCCGCAGGGGCAGCACCACAUGGUCGAAGUUACAAAGUGGCCAUCACCGCGAGUAACCGGCCGCGACGAGUUUCGCUCAACGCACCGAGGCAUGUGCCAAAGUACAUCUUUACCGAACCCGCUUCUGUCCCGUGGCCUCGUUCCCUGCGCGGCGCUCAAGACAUCUAUGCAAGUGUUUUGCAUAGCCGACAGCGCACGCUGAGAAAGACGAGCGAAGGUUCCGGGUCACAGGCACACCCUCCAAGCGUCUCUGCCGCAGACUCCGAGAAGGAGCUCGCGAUUCAAGACGCUCCAUUCGCAGCGGAUAAGCUCGGCACGAGGAAAGACGAGGAUUUGUCGCAACUCAACGAUGGCUUUGAUGGCGGCUUGUCAAGCUCCACGCUCACCACCUACUCUCCGAAGGGGCGGCGGCAUCGGUCGAGCCAGUCGGGCUGCAUGCUGAGGCUGCAACUCGACACCGCUUCCAUCGAGGAUGAGCUGAGGUGGUCGGCCAACUCGCAGUCGGCAAACGCUGUGAGCCAUACGACUCUACGGCCGGACAAGUUCGCGGCAUAUCACACCCUGCGGCUUCUCUUUGUCCCCAUCUGGAAACUCUACCGCUUUCACAAGCAGAUGGUGUGGGCGACGGCGAUUGUGGCCAAAUACGUGCUUCUCAAGGUCCACUGGCGGCGUCAGCGUCGCAGCGAACGGGCUACUGACACCUUUCUUCAUGUGCUACGCAUCCCGCGCACGAAGCUGCGCUGCGCUGCUCAUCUCCUAGAAGGGCGAGUGGUGCGCAUCCAGCGUGCCUUCCGGUGCCAUCGCGUGCGUGUGCAGGCCGUGGUAGAGCUCAACUACCGCAAGUUGCGUCGUGAUGUGGAGGAGGCGUACUGGGAGGCCGUCGUCGUACAGCAUGAGGCUGAGCUUGCCGUGCAGCAACGAUCCUUUAGCCCUGUGCCAAAGACUGCACGAGAGGUGUUUGGGGGAAGGGCAGAGGCGCGGGCACGAUUUGGCUUGACUCAGCGCGGCACGAGUCUUCCAGGCUCUGCGGGAAACUCGUCUUAUGACGCUGCAGUUCCGAGCUACGAGCUGGACGUCUACAACUUCCACAUGAUCGGCCGACUGCCCGAAUCGCUGCUCCGCUUUGAGAUGACCUCCGCUGUGUUUGCGCAACUUGGGCGGUCUGCUGUGCGAGCGCACUUGAUGGACGACUUCUCCGAGACGCGGGCUCGACGCACAGGGAUGGAGGAGUUCAUGAAGUCUGGCGAUAUCACACCCACAAAUACGACGUUUAUGCGCAGCAGAGGAAAGUGUCGUGCGCAGCUGCCGCGCUUCCUGCCGGAGAGCGUCUACACUGCCAUCCUGAAUAACACAUGUUAUCUGACGAGUCUGAUGCGCGACGACCGGAAGUUGCGGGCCCACCUGCGCCAACGCGAACAUCACUUAGAAUUGUAUUGA